AUGCUCGCUUCCGAGGACGGAUCGUUUGUCACCGGAACGGAAAUCCGCAUCGACGGCGGCACGCAUAUCCGCCGGAACCCGUCCGACGGUACGAAGUGCGGUGGGGAGCCAGCGGUGAGCGAAUCAACAGGCAGUGCCGAACCUCGAGCCUGUGCUGAUCAGUCCUGUCGUCGGCGGAAUUAUUCCGCACCUGGUCCGAGGACGAGACCCGCUGUGAGCGUCGACGAUCCCGGAGGCGCUCGGCGCACUGCUUGGACGCGGCCUCGUAGCUCGUACUGCUCUGCCGGACAACAAGUUCCGAGAAGUUGCGUUUUGGAUACCCAGACACAGACCCUCACUGUGCAGCCGCGCUUCGCGUCCCCGGACAGCACUGCCCUCGCCGCACCGUUCAAGCUCACCGACGCGUCGGCCCCGACCGGCGACGCUUGGGAAGAUCUCGAAUCGGUACUCGCGUCCAUCGCGAUCUCCGCUGCUGGACGCGGCGAAUUCUGGCUCGCGGAACUCGGCGGGUGGGAUUCUCCGCACGAGCCGAACUGCCUCUUCACGACCGUCGACGAAUCGGGCCUGGCCAACGCAGUCAUGGAGGCAAACCCCGCACCCGUGGGCCUGGGCGUCUGGCCGGAGGCC